AUUUAGUUUCACUUGAACGACAGUGGGGUUAGAAAGCAUGUUGAAACGGACCAUGGCAACGCAAGCCAAUCGGAAGUGAAGACUGCAAUUCAAUCCAAUGUGUAUUAACUGCAAAUCCAUGUGAAAUUAGUAACAGAUUUAUUAAAACUGGAUUAUACAUAUGCAGAUUAACCGUUAUGGGAUUAACACAUACGUUAUUCAAUGUUUCGUGAAGUAAAGAAGUAUUGUUGAUUUUUUAAAGGAUUGAAUAUUUAACUCAUAGGAGAUGAGUGCAAUGUCAAGUCAAGUACAAAUAUCGCCACCUUCGGCGACAAGGAGAUUGGUUAAAACUGCUCUCCACCAGGCCGUGCUAGACUGUAGACUACAUCAGGUCCGGUUACUGGUCGCGAAACAUAAUUCAAACAUGGACAGUAAAGACUUAAAUGGGAGGACCCCAUUAAUGUUAGCAUGUAUGGUGGAUGAGGAAUACGGGUAUAGAAUGGCAAAGAUUUUAAUACAAGCUGGAGCAUUUCUGAACUUACGAGACGUGUUUGGCCGAACGGCUUUGAGUUAUGCAUGCAUGAACGGUCGACACUUGAUAGUGCAGUGUUUAAUUAGAGAAGAUGUAAUAGACAUCAAUGAGGGAGACAAUGAUGGUGAUACACCUCUGCAUCAUGCUACAGCAAGCAAAAACCCUAAAGUCGUUCAAGCUCUAACGGACUGCUUUGUCAAAUUUGGAUUAGACAUUGAUACACGUAACAAUCUUGGCUAUACGGCAUUGUUGUUAGCUUGUAAAAAUGGACAUUAUGCGUCUGCGUAUCAACUGCUGGUAAAAGGUAGGGCUUGUCCAACACUUAGAGACAACGAAGUAUACUUAAAUGCUUCAGAUUGGGUUCAAAAGAGUGCAGAAAUAAACAGAGGCUUUGAGCAUAGACGGUAUCCCGUCUCUGCGAGCGCUCCAACUUUAUCUGCUUUGUCUUUUUCAAGAGAAUCUACAAUGUAUUCUCAGCCCCUGGUUCCUCCUUGCCAGCACGUGAAGCAUCUUGCUUUACCAAUGUCGUCACCAGUUCGAUUUGGGAACACAUUCAUGUCGUCAUUGAAUGACCGAUUGUCAGAUGAAGCAUUUAUUCAAGGUAGAGAUGCUCGUCGAAUGCUCAUGCGCGAAAUAGAAGAUUACGAAAUGGUACAUCGACCACAUUCUCUGAGAUCACAUCGCGCAAAACGACUUCACCCUUCAACGGCAAAGUUGCUGGCACUAAAUAAAAGAAGCAAGUCCUUGGUUGUCCCAGACAUGACGACAUUAUUCAAAAUAUAUUGUGAUCAGUAUCAGCCAGAUUGGCGAAAAGAGAAAAAUAAGAAGUUUCCAUCAUCUUUCACUGUCAGUUCUAGCACAUCAACAGAAUUACCAACUAUUGAAACAUAACAGUAACCAUGGUAACAGCUGAAAACAAUUAUAGUACAACUUCAAAGCGACAAAAGUUAUUUUCAACAUACACGUAAAGAAUACACCCAGAUUGAUUUUGUUUUCUUUGUGUAAGUGACCUCUAUGUUUAGAUGGAAAUGUCCUGGGUCAAUCACUGCUUACAAUGAAGAACACGAUACCGAAAUUUGCUAUUUACGGAAAUAUAGAGUUACGAUUGUUUUCGUAUGAAAUAUGCUACAUUUCAAUCAAUGUUAUCUGUAUACAUUUCUAUUUUGCAUUUUAUUUGUUGCAAUUGUUUUCUAUAUUGAUAAAUUAAUCACAAAAGGU